AGUACUGCAGGUGCUGGUGCAGGUGCAGGUGCAGGUGUGAUGGUGGAUGAAUGGACCUGAGAGGAACACUCCAAAUCCUGAAGUGCACUCAAAGAAACACGCAUACCUCAAAAGCUUCAUCCUCACAAAAUAGCAGCAGCAGUACUUGUUCCUUUAAUUUUCCACUCCGGUCCCUUUAAUCUCUCUCUCUCCCCCUUUCUUCUUCCUACUGCUUUACAAAGCUCUAGCUAGCCUUGUAAUAAAAUCAAAUCAUAUCAGCAGUGUACUUCUUCUUCUCCGGCCUGAUCGAUCUAGCUAUAGAGUACAUAUAUUAGAUUAGAUUUUGCCAUAUAAAUACCAGGCCAGAUGGUCAUACGUGUGCUGCUAGCUGUUAGGUCUCAUUGCACGAGUGCUACUUGCGGCGAUGCAUGCACAGUAUUCAGAGGAGGAGAUCGAGGAGGCACGCCGAAGCAGCUGUAGCUAGGCAGCAGCAAUGGAGGAGGAGUCCUGCUGUGUGCCCCCAGGCUUUCGGUUCCACCCCACAGAGGAAGAACUGGUAGGCUACUACCUUGCAAGGAAGGUUGCAUCUCAGAAGACUGACCUGGAGAUCAUCCGGGAGGUUGAUCUCUACAGGAUCGAGCCAUGGGAUCUACAAGAGAGGUGCAAGUACGGCGGUGGGCACGACGAGCAGACGGAGUGCUACUUCUUUAGCUACAAGGAUCGCAAGUAUCCCAGCGGGACGCGGACGAACCGCGCGACGGCGGCGGGGUUCUGGAAGGCGACGGGGAGGGACAAGCCGGUGCUGUCCAGGUCGAGGGUCAUCGGGAUGAGAAAGACGCUCGUCUUCUACAAGGGACGCGCCCCCAACGGCAGGAAGACCGACUGGAUCAUGCACGAGUAUCGCCUCCAAUCCAACGAGCACGCGCUCGCGCAGGAGGAAGGCUGGGUGGUGUGCCGUGCAUUUCAAAAGCCUAUUCCGAGCCAAAGGUCCUUGUACCCCAGCUACGCCGCACCCGGCGGCUACUACGACCAUCACCUCCCAAACGCACGGCUGCACGUGGACGGUGACCACCAUUUCUUCGGUUCAGCAGCUGCAUCCGGAGGCAACAGCUUCCCCCAGCUAUACGCAGACGACUUAUUUGACGCCAAGAAGCACCUCUUGAGCAUCCCGCAGCUCGAGAGUCCGACCGCCGUCAGUUGUGUAGCCGAUGACUAUGUCGUGCAGAGAAGCAAUGAUAGUCCAACUGAGCACGAGCUGGUCCAGGGAGGACAGGCUGUCGGCGCCAUCGACUGGAACUUCCUUGAUACUUUGCUGUCGACGACAUCGCAGCUCCGCGACCACGAGCCCUCUUCCUCUCUGCAGUAACCUCGCUCUUGGAUCAAUCGGCGGCUGUGCGCGGCGAUCGUAUCAGUCAGGGGCUCAGGGCUAGCUGAGAAACAUUCAUCGAUCGCGUCAUCGUUUGCUAAUAAUUCACAUAUGUUCCAUUGUUAUUUGGUACGGUGUAUGUACGUACCUACAUGUAGUUUAUAUAUAGACUGUUAAUUUCAUUUACUGAACCCUGGGAAUUGACUGAUCGUUCAGUCUCUUUGGUCUCCUGUUGGCCUCCCUCCAGCUCACUCGUUAGACUGAGUGAGGUCAUCAUGCAUGUAUUCAGUAGCUGGUAGGUAGCGAGCAUUAUUCCCUUAAUUUCUUUCCAUAUGAACCACAGCUAGCUCUGUAAAAAUACUGAGUACUACUCCACUAGUAUUUAUAUAUAUGUACGACAUUUUUCGGUUC